AUGGGAUAUAAAUAUGCAGAAAUGACACCUGCAACCUAUAAUGUUCAUGGAUUCAAUAGAGCAGUUACAAAGCCAAAGGGAGAAAUCGUGACGCGAAUAUUACUGGGAGAGGUUGAAACAAAGAUAACGCUAUGUGUGAUUGACAUUGAGUCACCAUACAACAUGUUGUUGGGAAGACCAUGGGUACAUGGAUUAAAGGUGGUAGCGUCAACGUUACAUCAAUGCAUCAGGUUUCCAAUUCCAAGCGGUAUAGGUGAAAUCAGAGGAGACAUUAAGGCUGCGAAUACUUGUAAUCAAAUAGAUGUGCGAAAUUAUGAAGGACGAGCCAAAAAACGAAAGGAUCGAUGGAGAAAAGCCAAAGAACAAAGGAAAGAGGAAGAAUUUCUAAUAUACAUGAUAAGGAAAAGGAAUACCAGGUAA